AAUGAUGUCAACGAUCUUUUUAAUUAAUCAAAGUUUGAUAGACACAGCAACUUCCGUUCUACUUGGAAUUAGCUACUGGACAGAAAAAUUGAUAGACGAGAGAACAAUGCAUGGAUCAUUGUUAAAAUGGUACUGUCACGGCUGGAAUGGGCAUGUAACUGUUUGGGGUGUUCUUAUAGGAUCAUCGUAUAAUUUAGUUCUUUUAUCAUUAGAACGAUACUUUUCAGUUAUGUAUCCGGUCGCUCACAAGAAUUUAUCGAGGCGAAAGGCUAUUAUUGCAGCAACUUUAGUGUGGAUUGUAUUCAUUUGCUAUCAAUAUGCUCAUCAAUCGGGUACAACUGUAGUAUUGAGUACCGGAUUAUGUCGGUCUUUUUCAAAUUGGCCGAAUGAUCUUACCAGAAGAGCUGUAGGAAUAUUAAUAGUUGUAAUACAAUUCAUUAUACCGCUAGUAAUCAUUGCCUUCUCAUAUAUUUCGUUGGCAAUAAGUUUCUCUAAGAAAUCAGCUAGUGUUGCGCCUUCACAACAUGCUCAGGAUAUGCCUCAAAGGGUUAGAAAGAAUAGUAUUAAAACCUUUGCCAUUGUAGCUUGCGCUUUUGUAAUUUGUUGGAUAUUCAAUCAGACGUACUUUUUAGGUUUUUAUUUUGGUCUUGUCUCGUCUCUUACAGGCUAUUAUUAUCAUUUCUCAAAAUUUAUGGUAUUUGUUAAUUGUUUUAUUAAUCCAUUCAUAUACACAUUUAGAUAUGGUGAAUUUAAGAAAGAAUUGCGUAAAUAUCGUCUAUUUAAGCAAUGUUUUAAAGUUAGUAACGAAAUAUCAACAAGUGGUGAAAAUUCAGCAGAGGAGAAGGACACAAAGGAAUCAAAGUUCUAACUAAUUAUAUUAAUGUUGUAGGAUUUCGUCGUACUCCCCUAAGCCCAUAUGAAAUUGUUUGUAUACUUAUUAAUUGAUUACUCCUAUACAUAUCUGUAGUAAAAUAUAUUUGAGAAAAUAUUUAAUAUAAAACACGCAAAAAAUAAAAUAAAGUGCAAUAUCAUUUCCAUUUCACAUUCAUUCGGAUAAUGAUAAAAUAAAGUAAUCAUGUUUGAAGAAUAACAGGAAAAUACCGCUAGAAUUCAUACUAGAGUGUUCAUAGGGAAAAUAAAACUUCGAUGUAAUCAUUCUGUAAAUAGGGUGUUUGAGGAACGGUUGUUAUUAUACAGACGUAUUGACAUUACAUCUCUUUGCCGCCGC